AGUGACAAAAACGACGUUUGUUUGUAGGCCAAUAAUUGCUAAAACGCAAGCCGCUGGAACCCAAACACCGCGUUUCUCGUUUCUCUCUCUCUCUCUCACAACACAACGGAUUCUUGCUUUCUUUUCUUCUGCUCAACAGCUAUGGACGACUCCUCCAACGCCCUCAGCCCACCAUGGAAGCUCCGCCGCAGAAAUUCCAUCUCCACAUCCGUCGUGGUCCCCACCAAUCUCAGCCUCCUCUCCCCCACCACUCUUCCCACUAAGCAUCUCCACGGCCUCCACACCUCCAGCUUCCCCGCCCAAAAAGGCGACGUCUCUUCCCGGCCGCCGCUGCCCCAGCUAGACCUGGAGCUCCUCUCCCUCAAGGGCUCCGAAUCCUACACGUCUCUCAAAGACCUCCUCCCCUCAUCUGCCUCCCCCUCCGCCGUGAACUCGCCUACCGCCGCCACUGCAGCCAACUCCGGCUACGAGAUCUCCAUCCGCAACCGCCUCGUGAAGCAGGCCGCCUGGGCCUACCUCCAGCCCAUGUCCUCCACCUCCGGCCCAUCAGGCCCAAACUUCCUCCGCCGCCUCUGCCUCAAGCUCUCUCCGUGCCCGUGCUUCUCCUUCUUCACCCACACUCUCAUCCCCUUUCUCUCCCAAGCAUUCCGCCGCAUACUCCUCUGUCUCGGCCUCACCACCUAACACAACGACGUCUUCACUUUUUGUUCAUCUGUGUAUAUACUGACUCGAAGAAAUGGAAUUGAAUGAAUGAAUUUGAAUUUGAAGUUUUAAGAAUUUUCAGUUCCAAUACAGAGUUCUGAUCAAUCAAUCAAUCGAUUCUGUU